AUGGGCUAUAAACUUGGCGAGGGACUCGGAAAAAAUAACGACGGGAUCGUUCAUGCCAUCCAAGCAAAGAUCUGCCCUAAAAACAGUUCAGUUGAUGCCUGCAUGAAUGCGCGGAAGAAAGUGGUUGAUGGUAUGCAAAAGGUCAAGUUGCGGGUGCGCGAAGAGAUGAAGCACGCUCACGAUUCACUUGAUGUCGAUAUUUUCGCCUUCUUGAAUCGUAAGCUUGAACAACAGACAACAAAAACUGAGCUUGAAGAAAUUAAAGAAGAUAUUCGCAUGCUAGCAAAAAGUGAUACGAAAACGUUAGGUGUCAAAGGUAUCGAUCUCGAAUGUGAACUGAAACAGUUGCGUGGAAAGGAGAAGAAAUUGCGAGAAGGUAUCGCUCGGAAUAAGCACGACAAACGUACAGUGGAUCGGAUGAAAGUUCAGCUGAUUGAAUUGGAGAAAGCGAUCGAAAAAGUGCAAGCAAAGCAACAACGCGUUCACUCUGAAAUAGGCGAUCGACAGAAAAAGAAGAAGAAAGACAUUUUCUGA